CCGCAAUACAAAGUCUUAACAAAACCGUCCCCAUUGAUUCGGUGAUAUUCGGGAACGUCUGUCAAACCGAUAAUGCAGCUGCUUAUUUAGCCCGUCAUGUCGGUCUAAGGGCCGGCUUACCAAUAGAAACACCAGCCUUAACCAUAAACAGACUAUGUGGUUCCGGCUUUCAAGCUGUUAUUAGCGCUGUUCAAGAAAUCCGCUCUGGUGAUGCAAAUAUCGUUCUAACCGGCGGUACGGAAAGCAUGAGUCAAUCGGGAUAUACUUUAUCGGCUAGCACAAGAUGGGGAACUAGAUACGGUAGUGAUCUAAAACUCGAGGAUUCUUUGGCUGCCACGUUGAUAGAUCAGUACCCAACAAAGACUCCAAUGGGUGUUACGGCCGAAAACUUGGCUAAAAAAUAUAAUAUUACACGCGAAGAAGCUGAUAAUUAUGCAUUGUCAAGUCAAAAACGCUGGGAUGCCGCCAAUUCUGCUGGCCGUUUUUAUGAUGAAAUAACGCCCAUUGAAAUUAAAACAAAAAAGGGAACUGAACUAUUCGCCAAGGAUGAACACGCUCGACCUCAGACAACCGCCCAACAAUUAGCUAAACUGCCGGCGGUAUUUAACAAAAAUGAUGGUGUGGUGACAGCGGGUAAUGCUUCCGGUAUAAGUGAUGGUGCGGGCGCAAUAAUCGUGGCCAGCUCAUCGGCUGUAGAGCAACACGGAUUAAAACCCUUUGCGCGCAUAGUUAGCUACCAUGUUUCCGGGGUUGAACCUACGAUCAUGGGGAUCGGCCCGGUACCUGCUAUCAAGGGUGCUUUGCAAAAGGCUAAAUUGAAACUUUCGGAAAUUGGAUUAAUUGAG